GGUUAUUAUCUUGGUUCUCGAUUUUCCGUACCUCGGAGUAAAAAUACUCCUGAAGAUUCCCCCAACCAGCUCCUUCAUGCCACGGCUCUGUAACAGCAACCAUUUGCCUCAAAACCCCCAAACCUCCUUUCCUUCCUCCUUUCAAUUUCAUAAACCCUAAUUUUCAAUUUCCCCAAAUCAAAUUAAACAAUGGAGUAAUAUUUUCUCUCUCCUCGUAAACUGGAACAACCUUAUUCUGAUUCUUCAGUCACCAAAUUCAAAAAUAAACGCAAAACCCUAACAUUAUUUUUUCUCACUUUUACUCACUCCCAAUUUGGGUUUUGCUUUGAUUAAUUGGCUGCAAUGGACCGAGUUCGACAUGACUCCACUAAUAAUCACUCCGAAUCGACUAAUGGUUUCAGAUUUGCGCCUUCUACUCGGCAACCAGAUUACAGCAGCAAAGUUGUUCAGGAUGCGCUGCGACACUUGGCAUCAAUCGAUCUGAUUGACUUAUGUAACGAAGCAAAAGUUGAACGAUGUCGGGCCAGUAGAGACCUGAGGAGUUGUGGUCGUCUUGUGGAGUGUGUGCUUAACUCAUGCGGACAUGCAUCUUUGUGUGCAGAGUGUAGUCAGCGUUGUGAAAAUUGCCCCAUCUGUAGAGUUUCUUUGCCUAAGAACGGAAACAUACUCCGACUCCGCCUUUACUACGAAUGUGUUGAAGCAGGUCUUAUACCAAAAGAUUACAAUGACAGAUCUCCAGGAAAAGAAGAUGGCGAAAAACACCUUACUGCUGAUGUCCAACGUCUUUAUUCUCUGUUUGAUGUUGCCAUGGAGAACAAUUUAUGUUGUUUGAUAAGCCACUAUGUUACAGAUGUUUGCAUGGAUGAAAGUGCUGUAUCAAGUGAUCCUGUAAUUGCAUUUCUGCUGGACGAGGUGGUUGUCAAGGACUGGUGCAAGAGGGCAUUCAAAAAUAUCAUAGAACAAGUGCGAGGGAUCUAUAAUCUUGAAAUAAAUGAGAUGAAAACAAAAGUUGAUGCACUUCUAAAGAUAUUGGAAAAGCUGGUUGGCUUGUCCAGUGUGCUGGAAGUUUUGAACUUGUCAUUUAAGGAUACACAUUCAGCAAAGCUUGAUGAUCUUCACCGUCUUCAAGAGAGCAUAAUGAAAGCUAAGCAGCAUAUGGAUAUGAUGUUGUGGUGCAUUAGACAUCAGUUUUUGGAGAAUGUCCGGUCUUGCCAUGAUAAUGUCUUUUCAUGGCGUUCAAUUGUGCGUGAUAGGAAGUCUGCUGCUGUGAAACGGGCAUGGCCUGAACCAGUUGCACUCUCUGGAGAGUCCGCUGAACAGGAUUUCUCGAGUCUCUUUAUUGAGGACGCAAUAUUGAACCUUGAAGUUGACAAAGGUGAUGAGCAGGCCAGUGCUUUUGAAUUAGAGGUUGCAUCAUUACAAAGGGACGGAGGUUCAUCUUUCUUCAGGUUUAAGAUUGAGGGAUUGGGAGGCUGCUAUCCAUUCGAAAAUGUGAGGGCUGCCAUUGAUGUACUCUUCCUUUGUGGAAGUUCUGAUAUGGUGGUUGCCAAACGUGCUAUUUUUUUGUAUUAUCUGUAUGACCGACAUUGGACGACGGCUGAUGAGGAAUGGAGGCAUGUUGUAGAUGAUUUUGCAGCUACUUUCAGUAUAACCAGACACUCUUUACUGGAGUCUUUUACCUUUUAUCUUCUGGAUGAUCACACAGAUGAAGCCCUUAAGAAAGCUUGCCACCUUCUGCCAGAGAUAGCAAGUCCAGAAUCUCAUCCUAAGAUAGCAAAAGUUCUGUUAGAAAGGAAUAGCCCUGAUUCAGCUCUUAUGUUUAUGCGGUGGUGUGGCCGUGAUGGUGGAGCUGAGGUGUCCUUGAGUGAGGCAGUCACAGCAGUUAGGGUCAGAGUGGAAUGUGGCCUUUUAACCGAAGCAUUCAUGUACCAGAGGAUGCUUUGCAUGAAAGUCAAAGAGAAGCAAUUGAAUCAUAAAUUUCCAGUAGAUGCUUUGGAUGAUUCUGAAGACGAACUCAGUAGUUGGACAGAUUGGGUGCUUGUUUUGAUCACCGAGAUUUGCUAUCUGUGUGUCCGAAGGAACUUUAUAGACCGUUUCAUAGAGCUUCCCUGGAGUAUUGAUGAAGAGAGGCAUAUUCAUAAAUGCCUCUUUGAUUGUGCUACAGAUAAUCCCCGUUCAACUGCUGGAAGUCUUCUUGUUGUGUAUUAUCUCCAGCGCCACCGGUAUGUUGAUGCAUAUCAUACAGAUAGGGAGCUACAGACAGUGGAGGAGCAUUUCAUAUCAAAUAAUAAUGUCGAUGAAGAGGGUUUGUACAGAAUGAGAUCAUCAGCUGACUGGAGAUCAGGAUUGGUUAAUAAAGCUGUGGAGUUGCUUCCAGAAGUCGAGCAGCAGCAACUGAAGGCUGGAAAAUUGCCGGAGGAUAUGGUUUUAGGUGUAGACAAGGCUGGUUAUCAAAGAGAAGCAGAUGUAGUUAGGGAACGAAAAGAAGCUGCUUCUAUACCUUCAGCAUCCUCACCCUUGUGUUCUUCCCUUAUUCUUCAGAUGGAUCAUGAGACUUCUUUCAAGCCAUCUAAUUAUCCAAAUUUGAAUUCAGCUGGGCAUGUUGGAGACGCUGAACCUGAAUUUGUUAAUAUUUCUUCUCCAUCUACUUCUCAUGGAAAUAUCUUCACAAACACUGGGAGAUCAUCGAAGCCUCCAUUCAGCAUGGUAAAAAAUUCCAAAUUGGAUGAUGUCUUAACCUCUGGGUUUCAUUCCAUGAAUGCUUCGGUCGUUAAAGAUGUUAGUAGAGCUUCAUCAAGGUUUUUUCUUGGUGAACUUCGAGAUGCUGAACUUGACGAGGUCUCUCCCCAAGUAGAGCAAAAUGGUCUGUUUGGACCUCUUCCAAAGGUUAGUCCACCACAUUCUCGUAGGGUUAUGGCAAAACCUACAAGGACGCCUAGCAGUAAUCGUGGCUUGCUUGACGACUCACCUGAAGAAAGGUACAAAACUGCUUCUGGUAAGAGGUUGUUCUCACCAAGAGACCUAGAUAGACCUGGAAUUACAGCUUCUUUAGGAGAUGCAAUGGAUAUUUCUUGGAGCCGAGAAGCAUACAGUUCUCCGGCCACGGAUUUCAACAUUAGUGGUGCUCAAAGAUGGCGGUCCGAUGAAACUAGUGAUGACGAAGAGCAGCCAAGUCCAGAAAAGUUGAGGGUUAUUUCUUCUCAUCCGACACCAGUAAAAAGAAGCUCUAUAAGGGGUAAACUAUCGCGGAGGUAAAAUUGUGAAUGUUGACUGUUACAGGGAUUUUUUUUAGUAGUGAGAGGCUGCAAUAUAUACUUGCAAGAAGAUGAUAAGCAGUUGUAAACUUGGCUCGGAAAGAAAAAGAAAAAUAGCAAUAUUUCAUUUGCUAAAGUUGAUCAGCCGACUACAGCCUAUGAUGGUUGAACUACAGUGUGCAGAAAGGAAAUAUUUGGUAAGGGAACACAAAGUUGCACAGUAUAGUGUUUAUCCUGUGUUCUUUCUUAUUGGAAAGGGAGUGAUUUUGCAGAAUCAUGCAUCCUUUAAACAACACGAGCCUGCUAAUUUUGCACCUGUGUUUCUGCAUUUGUGCAUCUUCUCGCAGUUUCUGCUCUCUCAUCUGAUGUAAUUUAUGUGCUAAGAAUUUAUUUUGGGGGAAGCAGAGGAUAUGAGCUUGACUUGAGUAUCAUAUGCACAUUCAGCUGCAAACUGAUGGGAUUUGUUUUAGAGUGUCCAAGCUCAAGUAAUGAUGCAGUGAAAUUCAAUUUUUGUCCAUGUGUAUCUGUGUUUGAUCUCCCGCUGCUUUUAAGUAGAUUUAACAUCAUAUUUAGUGAAUUUUAAUGUUGCCUAUUUCUGUCAUA